AUGUAUCCGGUACAUCAAUUCUAUCCGCUAGUUGAAAUCAACUGUUCCGAGGAUUUACGCCUAUUCCUGUGCAGUAUGUACACACCAAUUUGUCUGCCCAACUGGCGCUAUCGUCUGACCGCAUGUCGUUCAUUGUGUGAGAGUGCACGGGAUGGAUGCAUGCCUGUGAUGCAAACCUACGGUUUUGGAUGGCCCGAACGAAUGAAUUGUGAUCUUCUGCCCGAGGGGAGCGAAUGCGUCAGUCGCCGGAAUUCCACGUCCACCGCAAAAUCUGGAAACGCAUUGGCACACAGUUUCGAAGAAACGGACACAGACGGAGCGAAUCAGAGACGUAAAGAUACGCCUGCCUCAAAGACACUCACGGAUCGAAGGAGUCAGCCAUUGGGAAAAUCAAACGCAAGCGAGCUGGUCCGAUUAUUCCAGUCCCGUCUGAACGGACGAAUGGAUAAAGAUCUGAUGGAAUUUCUCGAGACCAAUGAGGAUUUCAAACAUGGCCUCACUCAACUACUCGAACAGGGUCCGACAGAAUCCGGUCAACGGUUGGUUUGUUUACCCUGUCGAUGUCGUGACCCGUUUGUCUCCGUUCACAAGCCCCCCUACAACGAGGUUGUGACUGGCGGGGUGGCUGCUUGCUAUCCAGCUUGUCGCAGUCCGGCAUUCAGCAGUAAAUCCGAUCGAACGUUUGCCACGUUUUGGCUUGGUUUAUGGGCUGUACUAUGUAUCCUAUCCACGCUGGCCACUGUGCUCACAUUCUUGGCUGACCCUGGACGUUUUCAAUAUCCGGAGCGGCCGAUUAUCUAUCUGUCCGCGUGCUAUCUGAUGGUCGCUUUUGGUUACCUCAUUCGUGUGGGUAUGGGUCAUGAGUCAAUCGCGUGCGAUGGUCCAAUGCUUCGACGAGGUAGUACGGGUCCAGCACAAUGUAGUGUGGUUUUUCUAUUGACCUAUGUGUUCGGGAUGGCAUCAUCUGUGUGGUGGAUUGUUUUAACCUUGACGUGGUUUUUGGCGGCCGGUUUGAAGUGGGGCAGUGAAGCUAUUGCCAAAUACUCACAGAUCUAUCAUUUCUUUGCCUGGUUCUUUCCUGGUGCUCAAGCCAUCAUCAUUCUCAUCCUGUCUGGGAUUGACGGGGAUCCGGUCGGUGGUCUUUGUUAUGUAGGUGCCACCAAUUUGCUCUAUCUGCGCCUAUUCGUCCUUGCCCCGAUGUGCCUCUAUUUGGGUUUAGGCACCGUGUUUCUAAUUGCCGGUUUUGUGGCCCUAUUCAAAAUUCGCAGCGCAAUCAAGCUGCAAGCGCGUGGCCAUUUGAAAACGGAUAAACUGGAAAAAUUGAUGAUUCGUAUCGGGAUAUUUGGUGUCCUAUACACGGUCCCGGCAACCGUGGUAGUUGCUUGUAUCUGUUACGAACUAUCCAACCGUGAACAGUGGGAACGAAAUCACAAUUGUCCAUGUAUUGAGCUGCCCAAACUGGACACAAUUUGGCCCACUGGUUCCGGUCAAACCAGUACGGGGAAAUUUGCGGUAUCAACAGAAACCCGACGAUUAGAUUCAGUUAUGUUUCCGUUGAAACCCAAAGAACCUGGUGGUUCGGAACAACCGGAAUAUGCUGUGUUUAUGCUCAAAUAUUUCAUGUCUCUGGUGGUCGGGAUCACUUCGGGAUUUUGGAUUUGGUCCAGCAAAACGCUAGAUUCCUGGCAAUCUUGUUUACGACGUGUGGCCAAUCGAUCGUGUCCAACGCGGAAGAAACGUGUGCAAAUGAACAGUGUGCCCAAUCUCGGACCAUCCGGUCCAUCCGGGGUUCCCGGGGGUCGAUCUCCACCGGGGGGUACAUGUGCAAUGGCUUGGACGAAUGGUCAAUCCAAGCUGUGGCUCGGAAAUCCGACCAAACCNCCACCGCCCGGGUUGAGUGCACAAAGCUGUGCCACGUGGCAAGAUGAUUUCGGACCGACAACACGUCUUCUGCCACAACCACCACAAACAGUAAAUGCCACAGCCGGAAUGAAUUUGAACUGUACACAUUCGCUGGGACAUCAUUUAGGAUUGAACGGGGUGGUAAACGGUUCCGGAACAUCUGUAACCGGACCAUCAGGCCAACAGCAACCACCAACAGUACCAUCGCAACAACAACCAGGACAGCCUCAACAACCGCACACACAACCAACAAACUCCAGUUCAUUUACUAACGGACCAAAUCCGGUGGAUGGAACAAUUUUGAGUGCCAGCAGCGGAAAAACUCCCAGCGGACCAUUGGCUCAUCACAGUUCCACAAUGGGAGGUGGAAAUGGAAGUGGACCAUUAGAUUCCGGGAAUGUGAUGCUGAUUCCCGGAAAUCCACUGACACAUAUCUGA